AUGCUAUUAAAUGCUUUGAUUAGGCUCUGUCUAUUUGCAUAAAUCCUAUUAGACUACAAAGAAAAGGUACUUUUUAAUUAAAUCUCUAUAUAGCUGAUUCACUAUUUGAGUUGCAGUUCAAAUAAGAAGCUAAACAAUUUUAUUUGGAUGCUUUACGCCAAGGAUCAAAUAAUAAGGAUUACAUAAACAGAUAACUUGCCAAAUUGUGAAGCAACAUUAGUCAUAAUUUUUUAAUUGCCAGAUCAGUUUUUUUUUAUUUUCUAUUUACUCAAUUAGAGUAAAGCUUAAUUUUCUUCAUUUUCCCUUUCUUUUAAAACUUAAGAUUUAUAAGAAGGUUUUUCUCCUGCAAAUAGAUUACAAAAAUCAUCACAGGGUAGAAGCACUUAUACAAGCCUAGGAUCAGUCUCAUUGUGA